AUGCCUAAAACCAAUAAAGAAAUUGAGCAACAGAUUCAGCUAGCGAUGGACCAUCUCUCUGAGCAAUCUAAACCUAAUAUCUCGAAAACUGCGCGAGAAUUCGCGGUUCCCGGAAGCCGCUUACGCCGGCGAUGGCUAGGUGGAAAAUCACUUUUUCAACGACAAUCCAAUGGCCGGAAGCUCAAUCCGGCACAAGAGAGCGCUUUAUGUGAAUAUAUUGAUCACUCUGACGCGGUCGGGGAGUCGAUAACCCGCCGUCAAAUUGCUAUUGCUGCCAAUUCAAUUCUUCGAAAUGACCAUGCCGAUCCAACUACCGAUCCGCCACAAAUCGGUGACCACUGGCUACAACGUUUUCUUAAACGGAACCCUGAAUAUCAAUUUAGCACCCCAAAAGCCGCUGAGAAGGUCCGAAAAAUUAGCCAUCCUGUUGAUCAAUAUGAUGCUAGUACUCAGCGGUUGAAAGAAGGGCUGGCAAAGUUUGCAAAGGGGGCUGAGGCCCAGGCUACUUUAGCUCUUCAGCUACAGCGGGAGUUUGACAAUAUACAAACUAUUAGGGGGGCACGCCACGCCGGAUAUGACAGUUCUCGCCUUUUUACACAGCUCACCGGCAUCAUCGAUUCCACCCAAGUCGAAAAAAAGAAGUACAAAGAGUAUAAACUGAGCGAGGAAGCCGAUCAGGAGAAAACGAAGCGGAAGUGGAAGAAGGUGUUGAUCGAAAUCAGGAAGCAUGGAAGGGCCAAGAAGCGCAGUGUUAAAUAG